GCACCAGACUUCGAUCUAACGAUCACGAACUAGUGCAGUGAAAAUGGCGGAGGAAGGCGACGUAGUGGUGUGGGAAUGGUUCACGGAUCACGGGCGAUGGAGGCCUUAUCAACCCAAUAUUGUCCGAGGAAUCGAGGAGAACUACGGCCGGACCUUGGUGCUUCGCCUGGGUGACAUCGAUCCAUCAAUGACCAUGUACGAGAUAGAUUUUAACACCCGUCAACAGAUGAGACUUGUCACAGGAACUGUAAGGUCAAUAAGAAGACGAACGUUCCCCUCUACCUCAGCACCUGGUCAAGGCAUCGAUUGGCAAUGGCAGGAUGACUAUAACUGGUGUCCAUACGAUGUUGACAUCUCGUGCAUCAUAGAGGAAGCAUACCAGCAUCCAUUUGGCAGCAUUGACUUAUCCAAAACGGUGACGUGUUUGCCGUAUGAGCUGGACCUGGUGGCAAUGACACAACAGCGCUCAGGGUCCGGCUUUGUCCGUAAUAUACGAAGGGUGUGUUUACCGGCGCCGGGCUACCCGCGGAUCGCGCCGGCUCAGUGUAGCCCUAGCGAAAGCAUGGAGUCUAUGGAGGCGGAUUCGCAAGACUGUGGGUCACCGACUCUGACAAGGCCAAGCACUUUACAGACCCCAUCCCAGCAGCAGUCAACGCAAGCUGCGGGGACCGCUCCUGAUGAUUCAAACUCUUCCCAAGGUUCGGAUUGCUCCACGUCUGCUUCUUCGUCGCUGGGACGAGCCGCUAAGAAACACGCCGGGAAGCGUGCAGCUUCGCGGAAAUCGGUGGCCGCAACUAGCGGGGUACGAGCCACGGUAGCAUGGACCUCACCUCCGGAUCCAAACGCAGGGACUAGCUCAGGCAGUGGGGGUAUCGGAACCAGAUCUUCAUUACCGAGGUCUGUUAGCGUACCCACAACCAUCGCUGGGGUGAGUGGUGGGGCUAGCGAGAGGCCGAGUUUGUCCAGUGGGGGUGUCAUGAGUUCUAGCUCUACGACGUCAUGUUUAGCUGCGGCUGCUGCAGCUAGCAGAAUGACAAGGUCUCAGUCGACGCCCAACUCCAUCGUAGCCAGACCAGCUCACGCUGCUGGAGCUAAACUCAGUCCUGUAAUGACAGCCAUCACCGGCCUGUUGCUCUCCACUGCAGUGCCUGUCAAGCUCCACUCGACGCCCAUUCCGAUCUUCACUCCCCCGCCCAUCUCAAGGGGGAGUAUCCGACCCGUGGAAGGCAUCAAGCCCAGCAAGAAGAAGCAGAAGACGUCGCUCAUCAGAGUGGAUUCUCCCGAUGAUGUGAUGAAGAAAUACGUCACCAAAGUCAAGAAGAUUCCGGACGAGGAAUGCCCAAUCUGUUAUGAGAAACUGGCCGAUGGAUCUCACUACACGGAGGACACAGAUGACAUCGUGUUGAAGCUGAGUAAAUGUGGACAUCUCUUCCAUAGAGGCUGUCUGCACGCUAUGUACAGCUGUGGCCCAAAAGAUGGAAGUAUACAGUGUCCAACGUGUAAGACCAUCUAUGGGGUCAAACAUGGCAACCAACCACCAGGUCGGAUGGAUUAUCAUAUCAUCCCUCCAUCGCUUCAAGGCUUCCCAGAAUGCAGUACUAUACGAAUCAUCUAUGACAUACCACCCGGAACUCAGGGAGCUGAGCAUCCGAACCCAGGCAAGCGGUACUCGGCCCGUGGGUUCCCUAGGCACUGCUACCUCCCAGAUAACGAGAUCGGGAGAAAGAUCUUAAAACUCCUGAUCAUAGCCUGGGAACGUCGUCUCCUCUUCACCAUCGGUACGUCGGCCACCACCAGCGAAUCCAGCACAGUGGUCUGGAACGAGAUCCAUCACAAGACAGAGUUUGGUUCCAACGUGACGGGUCACGGCUUCCCAGAUCCUAACUACUUUGACAACGUUCUAUCAGAGCUGGCUUCUCAAGGAGUGACUGAGGAUUGCCUGAAGGACUGACCUACCCCCUGGUAUAUGCCCUGCGCACACACGCUUGAGGGCAGCAUUUAUCACUCACCAUCAAGUUUAAGGUUUUUCUGGUCUUCAGAGUAAAGAUUGUUGAUCACCCUUCUGGGGCAAGCUAGAAGUCAUUUUUUUGGCAAAGCCUCUACUGUCCUUGUCAUUUUUGUCAAAAAUAUAACAACAAAAAAUAUAACAUACAUUGAAAAGCCCAAAUGGAAUUUCACCUUGGUAGUUAAUGUAUUUGAAAUGUUUUGCCGGAGAGUAAGAACUUUUAGUGUCAACUCACAAGCUAUGUCACAAGACCUUGCAUGGUGAAGUGUUCUUUAAGUUAUUUUUUUUUCAAAGCUGAAAUCAAUUCCUCACAAGUCAAUUGCAAGUCCUCCAGUCUCAAGUGACAACUGUGUAAUUUAUGACCACAGUUAUGGUCUGACUUGUAAUUGACUUUGUUUAACUCUAGGUUUUGUGGUUAAGAACGGAGGAAUCAUGUUGAGAAACAUGGACUUUUACAAUCAUGUGAAGAACAUUCAUCUAUACUUUGCAAUCAUGAACUUCAGCUAGAGGUGGCAUUUAACUGGUUCACACACAUAACUCCAUCAAUCAUUGCAUUGUGAAUAGGUGGAUACCGGGUAAAUAUCACCCUUGAGCAGACACUUUUUACUUUCUCGCCACAAGAGGGCCAAGACAUGCAUGAAGGGAGUAACUCAAGGUGUUUUCAAAACCUUGGCUCGACUUAAGGUUCUGGCUCAAUGUGGAUUCAUGUUCUGCUCUCAUGAUGUAAGGUUAAGCCGGAUAUGAAGCUAAAUCUGAAAAAUGAAGUCGUUUUUUCUAAUACACCUCAGUGAAAGCACCUCUAGUAUAAAGUACAAAAAUAAGAAAAAAAUCACUUCCAUUAAUAUUUGGUAAAAACGAUUUAAUCAGCAAUAAUUUGCUCCAUCAAAGCUUCAUUUUUGAAUUGUAAAAAAAUGGAAACCUUGUUGGAACUCUAUUCACUUUUUAUUCUGUUUAAUUUGUUUUUGGUUAUAAAGAGAUGAACAUUUGAUCAUUUAGAGUCAGUGUGCAUAUGGCACUGCUCAUAAAGCUUCGUACAAGGUUUACUUUUCCCAAGCAACCCUGCACGCUAUAUAAACCAUGGCAUUUGUUUAAGAGCAAAGUCAGCUUUUAUGAUCAUUAAGCAUUUUGAAGUAUGCAUAUUUAUGUGAGGCACUUUAAGCUUUUACAUAUAUCAUAUUAUGCCUUGCUGCUAAGAAUUUUUUUCUUUUAGAACAAGUGGCAAUUUUUGUUGUAAAUUUGUAGAUAAGAAUGUACAUAUUGUUAAGCACGUAACCCAUACAGUAGUUCAUUGAUUGUUGGGAGAGUGAGAUAUUCAAAUUCGGCUCAUCAUCCAAAAAUGGCUCGAUCAUAAAACAUUCAGAUAUGAUACCUGUUACUUUCUUUUAGUUUACGAAGUGUCUGAUAUUUAAAAGGAUUUAAAGAAAAGAUUUUUCAAUUACGUAUUUGAGGAACAGAGA